UUAACCUCGACUCCUACUAGAGUCUCGGGGGCUGAGGCCUAGGUAUUUUUAAUUCGUAAAAAUCUUUUGAUCAAAUGUACACAUUCCUGUACCCGUUUUGAGCGGGGUCACGACCUUAUGAGGCCUUGUUUUGGGGUAGACGGUGGGAGAGUAGCAUAGCUGAUAACGUUAGCUUUCAAGCUAACACAGUAACAACAAGGAACUCCAGUCGAGGAAACAAGGCUUGAAGAAAAAAAGCAAAAAAUGACAUCUCGGAGGUGGUUCCACCCAAACAUCACAGGUGUGGAAGCGGAGAACCUGCUCCUCACCCGAGGAGUGGACGGCAGCUUCCUGGCACGACCUAGCAAGAGCAACCCUGGGGACUUCACUCUUUCCGUCAGGCGGAAUGGAGCAGUCACCCACAUUAAGAUCCAGAACACAGGGGAUUACUACGACCUGUACGGAGGGGAGAAGUUUGCUACACUGGCUGAGCUUGUGCAGUACUACAUGGAGCACCACGGACAGCUGAAGGAGAAGAAUGGAGACGUCAUCGAGCUGAAGUACCCUCUCAACUGCGCCGACCCCACAUCUGAGAGGUGGUUCCACGGUCACCUGUCGGGCCGGGAGGCGGAGAAGCUCCUCACAGAGAAGGGGAAGAACGGGAGCUUCCUGGUGCGGGAGAGCCAGAGCCACCCUGGCGACUUCGUGCUCUCCGUGCGCACCGGUGACGACAAGACGGACAGCAGCGACAGCAAGCCCAAAGUAACCCAUGUCAUGAUCCGCUGCCAGCAUGACCUGAAGUAUGACGUGGGAGGGGGGGAGAAGUUCGACUCUCUCACUGACCUGGUGGAGCAUUACAAGAAGAACCCUAUGGUUGAAACAUUAGGCACAGUUCUGCAACUCAAACAGCCCCUGAACACCACACGCAUCAACGCAGCAGAGAUCGAGAGCCGGGUACGGGAGCUGAGCAAGCUGGCAGAGGCCACCGACAAGGUCAAGCAAGGCUUCUGGGAGGAGUUUGAGACCCUGCAGCAGCAGGAGUGCAAGCUGCUGUACAGCCGCAAGGAGGGCCAGCGUGCGGAAAACAAGAACAAGAACCGAUACAAGAACAUCCUGCCAUUCGACCACACCCGUGUGGUGCUUAACGACGGGGAUACGAAUGAACCUGGAUCUGACUACAUCAAUGCCAAUAUCAUCAUGCCCGAGUUGGAGUCCAAGUGCAACAACGCCAAGUUGAAGAAGAGCUACAUCGCCACUCAGGGCUGCCUGCAGAAUACCAUCAGCGACUUCUGGAGGAUGGUCUUCCAGGAGAACUCCCGUGUCAUCGUUAUGACGACAAAGGAAGUGGAGCGGGGCAAGAGCAAGUGUGUGAAGUAUUGGCCAGACGUGUCGGCGCUCAAGGAAUACGGGGCCAUGCGUGUCCGCAACGUCAAGGAGACCUCCGCGCACGACUACAUCCUGCGAGAGCUCAAGCUGUCCAAAGUCGGACAGGGCAACACGGAGCGCACCGUGUGGCAGUACCACUUCCGGGCCUGGCCGGACCACGGCGUGCCCACAGACCCGGGCGGUGUGCUGGACUUCCUGGAGGAGGUCAAGCUGAAGCAGGAGAGCAUCCUGGAGGCUGGACCCAUCGUGGUGCACUGCAGUGCUGGAAUUGGGCGAACGGGGACAUUUAUUGUGAUCGACAUCCUUAUUGAUGUGAUCAGAGAAAAAGGGGUCGACUGCGACAUCGAUGUGCCCAAGACCAUCCAGAUGGUGCGGUCGCAGCGGUCAGGGAUGGUGCAGACGGAGGCGCAGUACCGCUUCAUCUACAUGGCCGUUCAGCAUUACAUCGAGACGCUGCAGCGCCGCAUCGAGGAGGAGCAGAAGAGCAAAAUCAAAGGCCGGGAGUACACCAACAUCAAAUACUCGCUCUCAGACCUUUCCGGAGGAGACCAGAGCCCGUUACCUCCCUGUACCCCAACACCGACCUGUGCAGACAUGAGAGAGGACAGCUCCCGGGUGUACGAGAACGUGGGCCUGAUGCAGCAGCAGAAGACCUUCAGAUGAGGCUCGCCUUUCCCAGUGUUCUAGUCAGAGGAGUCUGAUUUUUACUUUGUUGCAAACUGCGCCCGAAUGCCUGAGAUGUGAUCAUGACCAAGCGGAAAAACACAGAGACUGAGUUGCGAAGGCUCCGAUCCCCCAAGGGAGAGUUCGUCCUUCCCC